AUGACACAAGAACAAGUUUUUCCUAGUCCAGAAACAACAUCAUUGAGUGAAAAGCCAAAGAACCAUAGGAUUUUUAUCAUAGCUCAACUCAUUCUUAGAGCUUUGGUUCCUUUGUUUACUCUAGCUGCAAUCAUUAGAACAAUCACAAGUGCCCAAAUAACUAUGGUACCAGAUGGUGGUAGUUUUGGUGCCCGAUACUCAUACUCAUCUGCACUAAGGUACAUGGUAAUAGCCGAUAUUGUAGUAGGCGUUUCUUGUUUCCUUUCGCUGAUACUGGUGUUUGUGUGUUUCAUAUAUCCAAAAUGGAACAUCAGAAUCAAAAAUUAUGUCUACAUAUUCUUGCAUGAUCUGGUUUUGUUGCUCCUAAUAACUUCGGCAACUUCAGCCGCAAGUUCUAUUGGAAUGUUAGCUCUUCAUGGCGAAUCAAAGAUAGGAUGGACAAUGCCCAAGCGACUCAUGGAGGAAAUUACAGAGCUGUUUAAGAAUCAGCGGCAUACAAACACAACAGGAAACAACACAGUACCAGGAACAGAGGACUUGCCAACCUACUACACAAAGGCAAAUUGA